AUGUUACGAUCACCUGCGUCAGUCAAGAAAAAUGACAAGCAGAAGAUGUUGCAGAAGCGGAUUGCACUUAGUGCAAGUAUUUCUGCAGACGCAUUGCUGUAUCAAGAGGAUCAGCUCCAUGCUCGUCGAUGUCCGGUUGGAAACUCUACCACUGACUUGUCCCCUGUAGCUAACGAAAAGAUUGCAACGUCCGUGUUGCCUACUUCUUCAGCAGAAUUAGGACCGCUGUCGAUUCCUCGACAACGUGAUCAAGCCAAAAUUACUUCAUUUUCACCUAAAAAGCUACCGUUAUCAGUGUCAACAUCCCAAUCAUUAGAAAAUUAUGCUGAGAGGCUGGAACAGGCUGAGAAUACAGAGUUGUUUACGUACACGAGUGCAUUGUGCUACCGAGUCACAGGUCGAUAUCUACCACGAGCUUUGCUUCAAAGCGAUCCGAAGGCCCAAGAACGUGAGAUUGAGCGAAUCCAACGUGAUCCUGAGAUUUUACGUGCGAUUGACUCUGUGCGAGCCUUGUCUGCUCAAUUUAAAGAUGUGGCGCAGACUACAAUGGGUCAUCGCAAAGAACUCGGACAUCGCCUAUUUCGGAUUGAAGAGAGUUAUUUGAAGCUAUUUGAAAAGCUUUUAGAGCUAUCGUUGCGGCUUUAUUGGGAUUACGAGUCACGAACGGAAGCACAACGAAAAGAGGAUCGAGCAAGCAUUUUGUGUUGGCGUGAUAAAUAUGAGAGAAAAUGCCAAGAGCUCGUGAAAGAAAGCAACAAGCUGGCAGCACGAGAUAUUAUUCAUCGCGCUCGAGAAAUCGAGCUGCAAGACUUGCAAGGCCAAAUGAGAGAUAUCAAAAGUGAUGUGAAAGACCAACGAGAGCUGGAGGCACAAAUUAGUCAGCUCAAAAAUGAUAUGCUAACGCAGCGAAUGCUGGAGCAAAAGCUGCGUGAUGAAAAUGAUCAAGUGACUAAUGCGCGCGAUGAAAUAGUCGAGUAUCAAAAACAAUCACAAAAAGAUCUUCAAAUGAAACAUAAGCUACUUAUCCAAGACCUUAGGCGUGAUAUUCGAGAAAAAGACGCCUUUAUUAGCAAACAGAUUGGUGAGCUUCGCCUUUUGAAAGAGAUUGUUCCAGUGCCUCCUGUAUUCUAUGAAUCUCAUUCAUCGCAGACAGAAGUUGACGAUGACGGAUUGUGGAAUGUCCAGGACGGGAUCCCAUGCUUUGUAUCGAAGAGUGUGAUGCAUCGCUCAAUGUGGCGCCGAUUUAGCGCUUUCGUUGCUUGUAAGAAUUGCAAGGGUCGACCCCUUCCAAAGGCUGCGAGAAUGAGUACUUACAAACGAGAUUUGCAAGAUGUUGAUAGGGAGGAUCUGGACUUGUUGUUUGCUGACUUUGGUAAGAAGCGAACAGAAAAGGCGACAAGACGACUAGAACGUAUCGAACAAGAAUGGGAAUUACCGCGUCACACUGUGUUGUUUCUCUCAAAUCUGCCUAAAUCGGUUGUUGCUUUUCCACUUUAUUCAGCUGAACAUGUUAUCUCUCAAAUUGAGGCCAUUUACGACGAUAAAUUUAUAUCUGAUCGAAUAGAUGAAGCUGAUGGCGUUGCCCGAGAAGACCUGCCCCGCUUUACGUGCGAGUACUUCUUGAAAACACACGGACUAAGACAAAGUGCUGAAGUUGGUCUGUAUCGGUUGACCAAGACGAGAUUGCUGAAUCACUUCCAACUUCUCUCGACAAAAAGAAGCUUUCUUCGGGUAUUUCUGGAGGCUCGCCAUUAUUUAUUGCGCUCUCCCGCUCGAAAGCCUCGAAUAGACAAAACAAGCUUGGAAGAAGAAAGAUUCGUUGUUGAACACGUUGUUCAGGUGGAGCCAACAAAACAGUGGGUACCAUUAAAUCAUGCUAUUGCAGUGCUUAGAUGGUAUAGUAGCUGUCUACCGGAGGCAAGCAUUUCACAUUACUGUCGUCAGGUCGAGUAUAUCACAGCAAUAUACGACGGUCAUACUCUCAAAGAAAUUACUGGCAACCGAUUGGCAGUUCGCGCGGAGAUGAGACGAGUUAUGCUGGCUAACGAAAAUCUCAAAGAAUCGUUUUCUAGUAAUAAAAUUGGCAAUUGUCAACAACGUCCGUCGCCACCGCAAAUUGUUGCUGAUGUUCACAAAGUACUUUGCCUACUGAUGGACGCACUUGAACAACGUCAUAAAGUUAUAAAGAAGGAUUUGACCAGGCUGUUCGAUGCGGCCGACGUUAAUCACGACCGUGUGCUAACCCUAGACGAAUUUAGUGCGAUAAUUCGAAAGGGGAAGCCUCAUUUUAGCGACAGACGAAUCCUGCGCAUGUUUCGAGAAUCUUUGAUGGGAGGAGCUGAUCAGUCUUUUGCUCUUUCAAUGGAGGCAUUUGUGGGUGUUUGCAACGAUCACGGUUUAGUAUCACUACUUCCUGAUGGGCAAAAUGGAGGGACGGCAGUGCAAAUAUCUGGCGCGUCCGAAUCGUUGACGUGUAUUUCGGAUAAGAUAUCAGAGGCUUCUCUUCAAAAUAAAAGCGAUUUGCCAGUCGUAAUAGCGCAAGACAUAGACGAAGAAGACAACGAAAAUGACAAUUGA